UUGUCCAGCAUAUAGUUUAUAAUUAAUUGAACAUAGUUUUGACAUUAAAUUUGGUUUACAAUAUAUUGCUUCAAUCUUCAGAAAAGCCAUUUUGAAUUGAUGUCUUGCAAAUAAGUAUCGAUGGGCAGUUUUGUUUAAUUGUUCUCUAUGACUCUUUACUAUUCGAUAUUCUUGAUGAUAAAAAAUCAAUAAUAUUUUUUUUCUCAGAGCCGCCUUAGAAGGGAGGAAUACAAAAAUAGCUGUAGUAUUGAUACAAAAGGAAGCCCCUCCACCUCCUGGUACUGAAGAUAUGGUAGCUACAGAGCGAGCAACUGCACUUUGUGCUGCAUGCGAGUUACCAGCAAAAACUUUUUAUUUUUUACCUUAUGCAGAUCAUUUAUUAGGCUACACAUUUAGAUUAGAGCAUGUUUUAUACAACUUAGCCCAAAGUUUUUAUCAUCAAGAAUAUCGAAUAGUAAAGAGUCAUAGAGAACAAUUAAACAAAAACUGCCCAUCGAUACUUAUUUGCAAGACAUCAAGUCAAAAUGGCUUUUCUGAAGAUUGAAGCAAUAUAUUGUAAACCAAAUUUAAUGUCAAAACUAUGUUCAAUUAAUUAUAAACUAUAUGCUGGACAAAAUUUUACCAUAACCAAAAUUUCAAGUUAUUUUAAAAUAAAAUACGUAUGAUUCGUCUUUCAGUUUGAAGCUAUUAAUCGCUUACUUAUACAAUGAAGAACAUAAUCAUACAAUCAUUGCCUAUGCUAUUUAACUAAUUAUAAUAAUAAAUUUUUCAUUUGGAAA